AUGGAAGCUCUUCUACAUCAAUCCAAGGCCAUGUGCCCCUUUCUCAAAAAGACAUCUCCCGCAACCCUUCGCUCUUUGUCCACCGCCACUCACCAUUCGCCUGGUGGGGGUACCAUCACUAACCUCCAAUUCAUUGCUCGCCGAUGUCCUGUCAUGAACAAAGCUCUCGCGGUACAGAGCGCUCGUAUGCGAACUUCGAAUUACACUUCUGCCGCUCCCAGCAUUGGUGUGGUCAAAUCGAUGCUGGCAAAGAAGCUGCACACUUCGGCGGAGAAGAAAGCCAAUGUUGAUACCAGAAUUUACCGGAAGCGCGAUGAUGUACUCCCCGGUCGAGUUGAGAGCGCCUUUGCGAAAUCCAAGGAUACACCCACACCCGGUCCCAAACCAUGCGCUCCAACAGCUUCGAAGUUCGACUACGAAGGCUUCUACAACAAGGAGCUGGACAAAAAGCACAAAGACAAAUCCUACCGCUACUUCAACAACAUCAACCGUCUUGCCCAGGAAUUCCCUCGAGCUCAUAUGUCGGCGAGAGAUGAACGAGUCACGGUCUGGUGCUCCAACGACUAUCUCGGGAUGGGUCGCAAUGCAGAAGUGCUCAAGACGAUGCACCACACCCUGGACAUGUACGGCGCCGGCGCAGGGGGGACACGGAACAUUUCCGGCCACAAUCAGCACGCUGUAGCCCUCGAAAAGACCAUCGCAGACCUCCAUGGCAAGGACGGAGCGCUAGUCUUCAGCUCCUGCUAUGUGGCCAAUGAUGCUACCCUCGCAACGCUGGGCUCUAAACUGCCUGAUUGUGUCAUUUUGAGCGACAGCAUGAACCACGCCUCGAUGAUCCAAGGGAUUCGUCAUUCAGGCGCCAAGAAGAUGGUAUUCAAGCACAACGACCUUGUUGACCUUGAAGCCAAACUUGCUAGCCUACCGCCCGAGAUCCCCAAAAUCAUCGCCUUCGAAUCCGUAUACAGCAUGUGCGGUUCCGUCGCACCCAUCGAAGAAAUCUGCGACCUGGCAGACAGAUACGGUGCCAUCACCUUCCUCGACGAAGUCCACGCGGUAGGCAUGUACGGCCCGCACGGCGCCGGUGUAGCCGAGCAUCUUGACUACGAUGUGUACGCCGCCGCGGGCCCUGGCGCCUCCGCUUCACCCACGAAGAAAGGCACAGUAAUGGACCGCAUCGAUAUCAUUACCGGCACGCUGGGAAAGGCCUGGGGCUGCGUCGGCGGCUACAUCGCCGCCUCGGCCUCCCUCGUCGACACCAUCCGCUCCCUCGCUCCAGGAUUUAUCUUCACUACCUCCCUCCCGCCCGCCACCAUGGCUGGCGCCAGAACCGCCAUCGAAUACCAAGCGCAUUAUCAGGGGGACCGCCGGCUCCAACAACUCCAUACCCGUGCUGUUAAGCAAGAUCUCGCAGAGCGCGAUAUCCCCGUCAUCCCCAACCCGAGCCAUAUCGUUCCUAUUCUUGUUGGGGAUGCAGAGGUCGCCAAAAAGGCAUCGGAUAUGUUGCUCUCGGACUACGGAAUCUAUGUGCAGGCUAUCAACUAUCCGACCGUGCCACGUGGCGAGGAGAGAUUGCGCAUCACGCCUACCCCUGGGCAUACCAAGGAGUUCAGGGAUGAGCUGGUGCAGGCGUUGGAGGGGGUGUGGCAGAAGUUGAAGAUCAAGAGGACGAGCGAUUGGAGGGCGCAGGGCGGGUUUGUGGGCGUUGGUGUGGAAGGGAAGGAGAUGCAAGUCGAACCGCUAUGGACUGAUGAGCAGCUUGGGUUGAGGCAGGGUGUUGACGGGGAGGUGUUGCAGGAGGCGCUUGAGCAGGAAAAUCGCCCCGAAAUGCCGGCUGUGGUUGCAAAGGCUGCGGCUGCGGCUUAG